AUGGCUGACAAUAAGGUUGGAAAGGACUCUGGAAAGGCAAAGACAAAGGCAGUUUCCCGUUCGCAUCGAUCCAGCUUGCAGUUCCCUGUGGGCUGUAUUCGACACCGGAAAUCCAGGACAACCAGCCACGGACAUGUGGGCACAACCGUCACUGGGUGCAACACAGUCAUCUUGGAGUACCUCACUGCAGAGGUACUGGAGUUGUCAGGAAAUGCAUCAAAAGACUUAAAGUUAAAGCAUAUUACCCCUCAUCGCUUGCAGCUUUCUAGUAGUGGGGAUGGAGAAUUGGACUCCAUGAUCAAGGCUACAAUCGCUAGUGGUGGUGUCUUUCCACACAUCCACAAAUCUCUGAUUGGGAAGGACAAUAGAAGACUGCCUAAGGAUGCCUGA